GUGUCAACUAACAACUAAUUAGUACAAACUAAAAUGCCUAGGCUAAGUAGAUGGUACUGUAUGUAUGUAAGCAAACCGCAAAAGUUUGACUAUUCCGAUUUCUAAUUAUCCAAACUUGAUUGAUCAUGGAAUUCACCAAGUCGCUGUCCAUCCUGGGCUCGACACUAUUCUCAUUUAACAAAUGGCCUUAAUGAAGGCCAGCGCGGCCACUCUGCGAGGUAUAUCUACCUCUUUACAGCCAAUGCGCCAUGCGCCAUCACCUAUUUUUCUAUUCCGAAGUCGGCCUUCUUCUUCGCCAUCACUCUCAUUGAGUAAGGCUCUCAGUCGACAACAUGGCAUACGAUCAUUACACUCUCAGCCCGCAAGGCGUUCCGGCGCAGCAGGCCAGGGCGAGGCAUCAAACCCUGCCAUGGCCUUUCCUUGUCUUGAUGCGCUAGAAACCCGGUCAGCCACAUUGGAAGCAAAAUCGCUCUCGACGGGGCCUGAGCCCACCUACACUACCGGUGCCACAGAGAUUUUCCGCUGCAAAGAUCCUCUUUCCUUGGAUUGGGGCGGCAUCUUGCCCGAAUUUGAUGUCGCAUACGAGGCAUGGGGCAAUAUGAAUUCAGACAAGUCCAACGUUAUUCUGCUACAUACUGGUCUCUCUGCUUCGUCGCAUGCCCACUUAACCGAAAGCAACCCACAACCUGGAUGGUGGGAAAAGUUUAUUGGACCCGGGGCUUGUCUCGAUACUGAUAAAUAUUUUGUGAUAUGCACGAAUGUUAUUGGAGGCUGCUUCGGAUCCACCGGCCCAAGCAGUGUUGACCCGGCUGACGGCCAGAGAUAUGCUACUCGGUUUCCCAUUCUAACGAUGGAGGACAUGGUGAGGGCUCAGUUUCGUCUAUUAGACCAUCUGGGUGUUGACAAAUUGUAUGCGAGUGUCGGGUCUAGCAUGGGAGGGAUGCAAUCACUAGCUGCUGGUGUUUUAUUUCCCUCGAGGGUCGGACGGAUAGUGUCUAUCAGUGGAUGCGCUCGAAGUCACCCUUACAGUAUCGCAAUGCGCCACACGCAACGGCAAGUGCUCAUGAUGGACCCCAACUGGAACCGUGGAUACUACUAUGGCAAAGUCCCGCCACACGCCGGAAUGAAGCUUGCCAGAGAAAUUGCUACUGUUACGUACCGGUCUGGACCCGAGUGGGAGCAACGGUUCGGUCGUAGGAGAGCGGACCCGGCGAAACCCCCUGCAUUAUGUCCGGAUUUCUUAAUUGAAACAUAUCUAGAUCAUGCGGGUGAGAAGUUCUGCCUGACAUAUGAUCCAAACAGUCUUCUUUAUGUCAGCAAAGCCAUGGACUUAUUUGACUUGGGCCUUGAGAAUCAACAAGCAUCUUUACAGCGACGGACCGAACACGAGAAACUCAUUCAAUCGGGGUCUUCCCUGAAGACGAACAGCGUAUCCUGCAGUCUUACCUUACCAGACGCGCCGUAUUCCGAGCAACCUGACACCAAAGUGGACGACUUCGGGUCACCCGUACCCGCCGACUCCAGGCCCCCUGAAGAUCUCAUCGCAGGACUAUCGACACUGCGGGAUACGCCGACUCUGGUGAUGGGUGUCGCAAGUGACAUCCUGUUUCCUGCUUGGCAGCAACGAGAAGUUGCGAAUGCUAUACGUCUCACUGGCAAUCGAAACGUGACGCACGUUGAGCUCAGCGAAGAGCAGAGCUUGUUCGGUCAUGACACGUUCUUGUUGGAUUUAAAAAAUGUGGGAGGCAACAUUAAGAACUUUUUAGGGUAGUUCUGAGUUCAUUUCUAAUCAAAAAAGGGGGCCUCCUCUGUGUUGGGAAUAAUCCGACACUCGCUUAUGUAGGGAGUGACAGGAUGCUUUGGAGCUAGAACAAAAAUAUUGAUCACUAACUACCGGUCCUUGUAUUGUAGUAUAUACAAAAUGUGUCAAAAUCAAAACAUUACAAACUCCUCCAG